AUGCAUCGCAUUGUCGAGGACUACAUCCUCCACGUUUACCCCGCCAUUCCCGUCUUCCAUGUCCCGACGUUUCGUAGGCAGUUUGAGCUUCAAAGGGACCGCCAUGAUCAACAAUUUUUCGGCCUGGUGAUGGGCAUAGUUGCCGUCGCCGUAGGGCUUCUGCCACGCAAGUUCAACGACUAUCGACUACAGCCAUCGUUCGCGCGCUUCGCCACUCGCCAAGAUGUAAUCGAGUGCUGCUAUUCUCGUGCAACUCAAGCGCGAGACCUCCGAUACUUCGACGAAAUUAGCCACACCAAAUGGGCCACCGCUUACGUUUUCUCACUGGCAUUUUUCCAUAUUGGCAAGUUCAACAUGUCCCGGAUUGUGGAGUGCGAGGCAAACCUAUAUGCAAGGCUCCUGGAAAUACCCCGGAUCUCGGCAUAUUCAGGCCUGAACUGCAUCGAGACACAGCUGCGGAAGAAAGCCUUCUGGCUAAUGUUCUAUGGUUACGUCCAUUUGCAACACGCCGACUUUCGGAGAGAGAGACCAGGCUUUAUUGACUGUGCCACUCUUCACGAGAUUGAUCUGGAAAGCCUCAUGCCUGUUCCGCAUGAUGAUGAGCAUAUCACAGAAUCUUCCUACGGCUCACCAGACCCGAAUGAGCCCUCCCUCGCCGCAAGUUUCAAUCUACGUUCCCAGGUGUUCUGGUGCGCCGUGAAAGAAUUGCCCAUACACGGUCGAGAGGCCCAAAAGGCAGUUCACUGUCAUUGUACUCGAAUGAAUAAUCCUGUGGAGUAUGAGAACUAUCUGCAGGCCAGGCUGAAAGAGCUGAAGUAUGUCCUGGACAAAGCGCCAUGGUAUCUACGUCAGUGGAUGGCGCAGAAGUCUCCCGAUUCUUCAGCUAGCAAGGCAAUUCACACACAAUAUUCUCAGAUUGAAAUCAUUCGCGUCGAUAUCCAUGUUACGCAUAUCUGGCUCCAAUCUGUCAUCAUGGACCAUCUCGAAAUGUACCGCGCGCAUCGAUCUGAAGCGUCUCCGGCAAGGCCCUUGACCUCACCGAGUGUGGCAAUGUCUGCGGAUGAUGCCGCAAACGCCGAGUGGGCUCAAAGAGAAGACCUCUGUCGACAGCUACUCCAAGUGCUGUACUCCGCUUCGGACCUGAGUCUCGAAACGCUGGGUGUGAUACUGGUGCAAAAGACCCGCGAUGUAGCUGUUUCGCUGCUCAAUUGCCCAUACGGCGAUUCAGUGGACAGUGUCGGCCCAGGCGCCCGGGCCAAAGCAUAUCUCGCAGACUUUUCGCGCAAGCUGGAGGAUUUGGACAAAGCAGAAGGGGGCAGUAGCCUCAGUGUACAGUCCUGGAUCGACACGGAUCGCGCCCGCGCCGGCGGCGGUAAUUAUUCAUAA